AUGAUUAAAAAUCAAUAUAUUUUUCUUUUUUUUAUUGGACUGACUCUUCAAGUCAGUUUGUGUCAAGAUCUACCAUCGUACUUUACAUUUAAACCAAGUGGAAUAUUCUGUCCUAAAAAUUCAUCCAAUUGCACGAAAUUCUUGUUGAGUGAGGUCAACUCAAAGACCAAUGUAAAUAUAGAGGUUAAAAACCUAUAUUUCGAGAGUAGUGUCAAUCAGAGCAUUGUUCUAAGCGCUGGUGCAAACAAUGUCGUAAUCAAAGGUUUCUUCAUGACCGUAAUGGGACCGAUUAUAAACUUCCGUGUACAACAAGCCUAUCGUUUAGUUCCCACUCCCAAUGCACCACCUGCAGAAGGAAAAUUCUAUCAAAUCGAAAACUCUGGAAUCAUGUGUAUUCCCGAACGUCAGUGUCCAGGAAAGCGAGCUGUCCUCAUCAAUGGAAAGAAUACAUCGGUUCUAAUCAAUAAUUUCGAUGACAGUGCUUACAAUAGCAUCUUCUUGUUUGAUAUGUCAUGGUUGGAGAGCAAGAUCGUUGCUGAAAAACCGUACACCGCUAUUGUAUAUGGUACUGCCAAUAAAGGAAACUUGGUUAUCCACUCUGCCUAUGUCAACAUCAAUGAUCCUCCAACCAAAUGUCCAGAACUACCAUUAGCAAAAUGUUUAGCAGGCCAUGUUACUACUUACAUCAGAGGUUCAGAUAGAUGCUACUCCUUUGAUGAAUGUACCAAGAGUGGACUCUGCUCUUUGGCCAUUCCAAAAUGUUCAGACCAUUUCAGAUUGGUAUCAUACCCCUCGAAAUCCAGUCACGGUUGUCCAAAAUAUUUGUGUGAACCUGAUUUCUUACCACCUACAUCAUUUCAUAAUGAAUAA